GCGGAAUCAGUUGAAGUUUGUAUACAGUUAAAAGCGGACGCUCAUGAAAUUUCUCGAGUUAUUCAGAUUGAACUGAUUGUUUUAUCUUGAAAUUUAUAACCAAAGCGAACAAAAAUGCCGAAAUACUACUGCGACUAUUGCGAUACUUACCUGACUCAUGACUCACCCAGCGUGCGUAAAACCCAUUGCACCGGCCGAAAGCACAAGGACAAUGUAAAAUUCUACUAUCAAAAGUGGAUGGAAACGCAAGCUCAGCACCUGAUUGAUGCAACCACCGCGGCAUACAAGGCCGGAAAGAUCCAACAGAACCCGUUCACAGUCGGUCCGCCGAAGCCGCCGAACGUGGCUAUUCCACCGCCGAACAUGGGCAUUCCUACGCGUCCACCCAUGAUUCCCGGCAUGCAGCAGCAGCCUCCGCUGUUGGCCAUGCGUCCCCCGAUGAUGAUGCCCCUGGGGAUGCCGCCCCACCACCAUCCCAUGGCUUUGGGAUACCGACCGCCGAUGAUGACCGGUCCGCCACCGCAAGCACAACCGGUGGAGACGUUUUCUUCAACUGGUCCUGGUCCUGGUAUGUCUCAUCAGUACUCAAACUAUCAUCAGAGAUGGCAAACACGAAAUUGAAGUGCUUUUAGGAGAGUUCGUUAUAUCAACUUGCUUUUGAGUUGUUGUAUUUUUUUGUUACAAUUAUUGCUUAUGCGUUGUUUUCUUUAUUCGCAAUAAAAUAUGAGUUGAAAUCUUUCGUUCCGAA